AUGAAAUCCGUAUUAGGACUGAAAUUACCAGGUAUUUCUUCGGAAACCACGUCCGAAAGGGCAUCUAAAGAGCGACUUUCAGAAUCAGGGAAGCCUCAAAACGAUGUCUGGGAACCGUUGAGACCUUUGCUAAUUUUAUUGGACUGUCAUCGGCGGAAAUCUUAUCUUUCGUGGACAGAUGUAGGUGAAAUAUUGCUGCAAGUGGGAGGCCAGUCAGAAGUGGUUCCGGUUGCUAGCGUGGCUCUGAGGGGUACGCAGCUACAAGUGGUGGUGCAGCCAGAGGCACACGAAUAUGAUAACUGCAUGUUGUUGGACGUAGCGAAUGGAGUUUCGCCCAUGAGUUGGAGAUUAGAACAGACGUCGCUCGUCUUGAACGAUGGAGCCUUGACGCUGUGGUGCCGUUCCUUGGAAGGGCAGGCAAACCUGCGUCUUCUCUACGAUAUGUGCAUGCUUGCAAGAUUCGAGCAUAUGUCGCUGUAUAAGGCGUUGACGGCAACUGUGAUCUCGACGCAUGGAAGUCAGAUAUCGGACAUUGCCGCUGUGUUGCUUGCUCAACACAGCUACAAGGACUGGUGCUACAUCAGUAUAGGUGGAGAAUGGGUUAAAGCGUGGUGCCAUGUCGACCGGAGCCCCAAAGGUCCGGGUCGCCACGAUGGACGCCAUCAAAUAAAGUUUUUCCGCGACUCGAAGUCUCUAAAUGCCAAAAACCUGCUGUGCUUUAUUCCGGACUGCGGUGAGGUUGAAGAUCUGUUUUUCGUCACUGACCAGGACGAAAGUGUGACACAGGGGACCCUUCCGGAGGACCGGUUUGGAGCUCCUGCGUAUGCCAACCAUCUCAAAGGAAGGCGCCCUCUUUCGGAUUCAAUCGAGACGUCACUAGAAGAUCUUUUGUCGAAGCUCACAACGCUUCGCGUAGUGGGCGACGUUUACUGGCCAGCUGAUGGCAUGAGCUCGGACUCAAGUGGAAGCAAGUCCUCGAUUUUAGGGUCUAUGCCUCUUUCACCCAAGAAAAAGCGCAGGAACACGGUGUCGUUGAAUGGUAGUGGCAGUUCGUUGACUGGCCAUUCUUCGUUCUCUCACAAACGCUCAGUAUCUAUGAGUUCCUCUGUGCAUCAUCCGCAAGCGGGUGAUUAUGACAACAAAACAUCGGAAUUAUUGAUAAAACCCAUCCCACACAGCGGAGUCGACCACUUGGAAUCUCUGAUCCGCUGUGUUUUACCCAUGAUGAGCUGUCUGAGCUUGUACGGCAGGCCCGUACACUUUAGUAACUCGCGUGAAGAUCCAAAUUCGCUAUUAUUUGGCCUUCCAAGGCUCCCCAUUGUCGACUAUUUUGCCAGAGAAGAGAUUGGGCCGCUAUUUGAAUAUCUUGAUGCAACUGUUGGGGAUUCAAAAUCGCUCAACAAGACAUUGGCUGCGCAAAAACUAUAUCUGACGCAACAGAUGACCGAUCCAAAUCGUCGCGACCGCAGUUUUACUACGCUUGAAGAUUUGGUGCGCACCGGAUCCGACUUUUCGGUUUUCACAAGUUCAACAACCGGUUCAGUCAGCAAUUCGCCGUUGAUAUAA